AUGGCUUUCAAGGUUGUCAAGCUUGUGACAGAGUUUCUUGAAGAGGAAACCCCAUAUGAGUGGCCGCUCGUAGUAGCGGACACGUUGGACAAACUCCAACAAGAAGAAGGCAUUCUGCAAGAAAACCGAGAAUAUAAUAUAUUUCGCGAAGAGACAGGGAAUCCCAACAUCUAUCUAAGAAACAAACACGGAGUACAGAAGGAUCCUUAG